UUUUUUUUUCUCUAGAAUUCAGAUCAUUUCAUGCAAGCAAAAGCAGCUAAGGGCGCAGUUCUCAGCUCCAGAUCGGGCAGCUUUCUCUUCUUUUGAUCCGAUUCUGUUUGGGUUCUUGAAAUUUUUUAUGGUCAAUCAACAAACAACUCCGCAGAAUUCAAUUAAUUCGUCCACUUAGUUUGAUAAGUUUUUUGAUCUUCAGCGACUCCUACAGUUUGUUUUGAUUUCUCCCUUUUCUACUAUAAUAGUAAAUUCUCUGCAAUCUACCUACAUUUUGCCUCUUCUUCGAGGUGAGAAGGUAGAUUUUGAUUUGCGCGUGUAUUGAAUCUCAGCAACAAACAAUGGGAAACUCCUCUUCGAUGCUCACUCAAUAUGAUAUUGAAGAAGUUCAAUGCCACUGCGAUAAUCUAUUUACGCAACAAGAAAUAGUGUCACUGUAUCAAAGAUUUUGUCAACUCGAUCGAAACUCAAAGGGAUACAUCUUGGCCGAUGAGUUUUUAUCAGUCCCAGAAUUCGCUAUGAAUCCUCUUUCUCAGAGGCUGCUAAAGAUGGUUGAUGGUUUGAACUUUAAGGAUUUCGUGGCGUUUUUGUCUGCAUUUAGUGCUAAAGCUAGCAUCCAACGUAAAAUUGAAUUUAUGUUCAAAGUUUAUGAUGCCGACUUGAAUGGGAAGGUGUCCUUCAAUGACAUGAUAGAAGUGCUACAGGAUUUGUCUGGUCCCUUCAUGUCUGAUGACCAAAGAAAGCAAGUCUUGAGCCAACUUCUGGAGGAAGCAGGUUACACAAAGGAAGUCCAUUUAACCCAGGAUGAUUUCGUUAAGAUUCUUGCCAAUUCUGACCUGAAAAUGGAGGUUGAGGUGCCUGUUGAUUAAGACGACUACUCAAACUAUUCCUUUGUCCCCUCCCUUUUCCUCUUUCGCGACAAGGAGAAACAAAUGAUAAAUUACUAGCUAAAGCGUCAUCGUCAUGUAUCAUGUCUUCGUCAUCCUCAUGUAUCAUGUCCUUCUCAAGCAAUUUCAGCGUCGAUGAGCAAGAUCAAUUCUUCAAACAUGUUCAUUUAUGCUCAAUUCAAGCCUAUGGCUCACCCUUUUGUAGACAGAUAUUGAUUUCAAAGAUUACGAACCAUCUUAAUGAAAAUCUCUCUGAAACGAAUUAUUUCUGAUCAAA